AUGUCAACAAAGGGAGUUCAACCCACUCCACAAGAUAAUGGCAAUAAUGCAAAUCCAGUUCUGUUUUGUUUGAGUUUUGUUGCCUUGACUACUGGGUGGAACCAAGGAAUGCAGAAUGCUGCAUUGUUGUUGCUGUUGCUGCUGGAAAGUGGAGUAUGGAGGCCCGAAGUGAAGUCUUUAUCUUGCUGUUGUGAUGCUGGUGCUAUCGAAGUUGUUCUCGAGUAG